AUGUCAGUAGUCAACCCUUCCUUGUUUAUUUACCACAAGGAUUCGGUCGUUCUAUACGUGUUGGUCCAUGUCAAUAACAUCCUUCUCAUUGUUUCCUCCUCUUCUGCUCUUGAUGAUUUAGUUGCCACACUUGGUCGUGCUUUCUCUUUAAAGGAUCUUGGUCCGGCUCAGUACUUUCUUGGCAUGGAGAUUACACCAAAAUCCCAUGGCAUCGUUUUUACUCAACGAUGGUACAUUUUGGAUCUCUUGCAACGCACCAACUUGGUUGAAGCUAAACCUCUCACUUCUCCCAUGGUUGUUACUACUAAGCUCUCCAAGUUUAGUGGUGAUCAUCUUUUUGAUCCUUCUGAGUAUCAGAGAAUCAUUGGCUCUCUUCAGAAUGUUACCAUUAUGAGGCUUGAUAUUUCCUUCUCUGUGAACAAGGUGUGUCAAUUUCUCCAUUCUCCAACAAUAGAACACUGGACUACUAUUAAGCGGAUACUUCGGUAUCUUAAACACACUGCUAAUAAUGGUUUUCAUUUUUACUCCACAUCAGCUCUCCUUACUCUUCGAGCUUUUUCCGAUUUUGAUUGGGUCGGCUACCCUGAUGACAGAGGUUCUACUAGAGGUUAUCUCAUUUAUCGGGGUGCAAUCUAG